AUGAGUACGCAGAAAGUGUUAGAUGCCCUUAAAACUCAAAAAAAGAUUGAAAAUUAUGGUGUUGAUAGUCAUUAUAAAGCACAUUUUGAUUUUGCACGAAAAUCAGAGAUAGAUGCUUUUUCGUGUCUUGGUGUUGGAAAUCGUAUUGAUGCAUGGUUAAUUUAUUUGAGUGAUGUCGAACAAGGUGGUGCAACAGUUUUUCCUGUAGUUAGCGAUCAUUUGAAAUCAAAAAAGGAAGUGCUGCAUUUUGUAUAUAUAAUAAAUUAUUUCUAUCUUUUCAGAAGAUUACAAUACUCGUCAUGUAGAUAUUUUUUUAGUUUAAUUAAAUGGGUUGAUGAACGUGGUGAAGAAUUUCGUCGUCCAUGUGUUACUAGAUUCAAUGGCAUGAGUGAAUCAUUUAUUGGGACAAAAUUGACAUAA